AUGUAAAACUUAAUAAAGAAAAGAAGAAGAUAGAAGCACGAUAUUGGAAAAGCAAAGAUGGAAAAAAUCGAAGUUUAUUCGAAACGAAAAACAUGUAGCUCAAUUUAUUUUCUAACGCAAAUUUUUAAUCUCGGUGGAAGCACUUCGGAGAUUUGA